AUCCGCCAUAAUAGUAAAGAAGAAGAAGAAUAGGUCUGAUAUUGCUGGUAGCUGGAUGCUAACCAGCGUGUUUAUUUUCCAGCUCCAGCCAACCUUCCUGUUUCAGUGUUUUUGUUCUGAGGAAUAUUAUCCCUGCUGCUGAAUGAUGAGCACAUUAUGGAUGGGCAACCUGGAUGCCUACAUGGAUGAGAAGUUCAUCACCAGAGCCUUCUCUACGAUGGGGGAGCAGGUGGUGAACGUGCGGAUAAUUCGGAACAAGAUGACUGGGGGGGCCAUGGGUUACUGCUUCGUAGAGAUGACGGACGAGGCCACCGCUGAACGCUGUUUGCGCAAAGUCAAUGGAAAAGCUCUGCCAGGAGCCAGUCCGCCAACCAGAUUUAAGUUGAACAGAGCCACGUUUGGAAAGCAGGAACCCGGGCAGAUGUUUUCUCUGUUCGUGGGAGACCUGACUCCAGAGGUGGAUGAUGGGAUGCUUUACGAGUUCUUCUACAACCGUUAUCCUUCCUGCCGCGGUGGGAAAGUGGUCCUGGACAGCAUGGGGAACUCCAAGGGCUGCGGUUUUGUUCAGUUCCCAGACGAGCGGCUCCAGAAGCGGGCCCUGGAUGAGUGCCAAGGCGCUGUGGGACUCGGGGGCAAACCUCUCCGGUUGAGCCUGGCUGCCAAUAAUUUAAGGAACAAGCCGCAGCAGCAGCAGUCAGACAGCAAACAGUCGUGGCAGUCCAGCACUGGAUACAAAUACGGCUACGACCAGUAUGACCAGUACCAGAACCAGGCCUAUCCAGGGUAUUACUCCUCAUGGGGCUACGAUCAGACCGCAGCCAUGUAUGGCUACAGCUAUCCUCAGUACGAUUACACGCAGUACGCACAGUUACAGGAAAGCGAAGCAGUUCCAGAAGAAGAAGAAGUUGAAGAUCCUGGUGUGGUGGUGGACGUAGUGGAGGCCAACAGCAGCUUCAUGGACCUCAGUGAGGAACUUUACGAUGCGCUCCUGGAAUCUCGCUGGGAGCCUGAUGACUUCUCUGCCUAUCAGGAGUAUCUUAUUUCCUCCCUGCCUGAGGCCAUCUCCAGCUAAAAGGACAAUGAUUUUAACUCCUUUUUCUUUAUUUUUUUAUUUUUAUUUUUCAAUGCGCUGUGCAAAUAAAUAAAUAGAUUUU